AUGCUACAAAACUCGGCAAAGACUGUCGCUCGUAGGGCUGGUCUAGCACGUCUGGUGGCCUCAGCUGCUAGAGGUACUAGAUCUAUAUCGGUAACGUCUCCAGCUCUAGCCGCAGAGGUCCUUUCCGGAACAAACUUGGCCAAGAGAAUACGAAGCACUGCUGCUGACGCGAUCACAGUGAAGCAAAACGAAGUUCCAGGUUUCAAGCCUUCUUUGGUGAUCAUUCAGGUUGGCUCCAGACCAGACUCGUCUGCCUAUGUUCGCAUGAAGCUAAAGGCUUCUAAAGAGUCCAACAUUCAUUGUGAAGUGAUCAGAUUGGCCGAAGAUGUUUCUGAACGUGAACUGCUUAACCACAUCGAGAAACUGAACGAUGACACCAACGUUCACGGUGUGUUGAUCCAACUGCCUUUGCCCAAACACAUAGACGAGGUGAAGAUCACCAACAGCGUGGUUUCAGCCAAAGAUGUCGACGGCUUUGACAGAUAUAACACUGGUGAGCUUGCUAAAAGAGGUGGUCAGCCUUUGUUCUUGCCUUGUACUCCUCACGGUUGUAUGAAGCUGUUGGAAGAGUCUGGUGUUGAGCUCAGUGGUAAGCAUGCCGUUGUCAUUGGAAGGUCCGAUAUCGUCGGAACUCCAGUCGCUGCAAUGCUCAGAAAUGCUGACUGCACAGUCACAAUUGUGCACAGUCGGUCCACCAACAUUCCCGAAAUUGUUAGAGGUGCUGACAUCGUUGUGGCUGCUGUCGGAAGACCCAACUUUGUGAAGGGUGAGUGGAUCAAGCCCGGUGCAGUUGUCAUCGAUGUUGGUAUCAACUACGUUGCGGACUCCACCAAGAAAAGCGGACAGAGACUUGUUGGUGAUGUUGAGUACGAAACUGCCAAAGAAAAGGCCUCUUUUAUCACGCCUGUUCCCGGUGGAGUGGGCCCUAUGACCAUUGCCAUGUUGGUCGAGAACGUGAAACUUGCGGCUGAACGUCAACUCCAGAAGGAAAGCCAAUUGGCACGCAUCACUCCUCUUCCUUUAAAGCUCCUUGACCCUGUUCCAUCCGACAUUGCCAUUUCCAGGGCGCAAACCCCUAGACAUAUCACCGAUAUAGCAGAGGAGCUGGGCAUCAAGGACUCCGAGCUUGAGCCAUAUGGCCACUACAAGGCCAAGGUUUCGCUUGAUGUUUUCAAGAGACUUGAGCACAGGCGUGAGAAUGGUUACUAUGUGCUUGUAGCUGGAAUUACGCCGACCCCUCUGGGAGAAGGAAAGUCCACCACCACCAUGGGAAUCGUCCAGGCUCUUGGAGCCCAUCUCGGGCUCCCAGCCAUUGCCAACGUCAGACAACCUUCUAUGGGUCCAACUUUUGGUGUUAAAGGUGGAGCUGCUGGUGGAGGUUAUGCUCAGGUCAUUCCCAUGGACGAGUUCAACAUGCACUUGACCGGAGACAUCCAUGCCAUUGGGGCUGCCAACAACCUGUUGGCCGCUGCUAUUGAUACGAGAAUGUUCCACGAGGCCACUCAGGGCGAUAAGGCUCUUUACAAGCGUUUGGUUCCCGUCAAAAAGGGUAAGAGAUCGUUCUCUCCAUCGAUGUUGAAGCGUUUGUCGAAACUGGGAAUUCAAGAGACUAAUCCUGAUUCACUCUCCGAAGAGGAGGCUGCAAAAUUCGCCAGAUUGGAUAUUAAUCCUGACACAAUCACUGUGAAGAGAGUGUUAGACGUUAACGACAGAUUCGUUAGAGGUGUUACGAUUGGUGAGGCCCCAACUGAAAAGGGUUUUACCAGAAAGACAGGCUUCGAUAUUACUGUUGCUUCCGAGUUAAUGGCCAUAUUGGCUCUCUCUAGCGAUCUUCACGAUCUCAGAAACAGAGUUGGAACAAUGGUGAUUGGUUCUAAUCAUCAGGGUGUUCCAAUCACCACCGAGGAUGUUGGCUGCGCGGGUGCAAUUACUGCUCUGCUCAAAGACGCUAUUAAGCCGAACUUGAUGCAGACUCUGGAAGGAACCCCAGUUUUCGUGCAUGCUGGGCCUUUUGCCAAUAUUUCCAUCGGAGCGUCUUCUGUUAUCGCCGAUAAAGUUGCUUUGAAGCUGGCUGGUAGACCGGUUGGCUCCGACGCCAGAAAGGGCUUCGUCGUUACCGAGGCCGGCUUUGACUUCACUAUGGGUGGAGAGAGAUUCUUCAACAUUAAGUGCAGGGCUUCUGGUCUCAAGCCAGAUGUGACUGUUCUGGUUGCUACUGUCAGAGCUUUGAAACUUCAUGGUGGUGCUCCUGAUGUUAAGCCAGGUCAAUCGCUUCCUGAAGAGUACCUCCAAGAGAAUGUUGAACUGGUCAGAGCUGGUUGUGCGAAUUUGGCAAAACAGAUUGCCAAUGCCAAAACCUACGGAUCGCCAGUAGUGGUUGCAAUCAACCAGUUUUCUACAGACACCGCGGAGGAAAUCGAGGCUAUUAGACAAGAGGCCCUCAAGGCUGGUGCUCUUGAUGCCGUUCCUACCAACCACUGGGCCCAGGGUGGUAUUGGAGCUGAAAAUUUGGCCCAUGCUGUUGUCAAGGCUGCUGCCUCGAACGAGUCUACUACUCCUCAGUUCCUUUACGACUUGGACCAGACGGUGGAGCAAAAACUCACCACCAUCGCACAGAAGAUGUAUGGAGCUGAUGGAAUUGAGUUGAGCGAUUUGGCCAAGGAACAGGUCAAGCGCUAUGAGUCCCAGGGAUUUGGAAAUUUGCCCAUCUGUAUUGCGAAGACUCAGUACUCGCUCAGUCAUGACCCCAAGCUGAAGAACGUUCCUUCGGGAUUCACCGUUCCUAUCAGAGAGGUCAAGAUUAGUGCGGGUGCUGGGUAUUUGUAUGCUUUGGCGGCUGCCAUCAUGACCAUUCCUGGUCUUCCUACCCACGCCGGUUUCAUGAAUGUUGAGGUUGACGAAAAGGGAGAUAUUGAGGGAUUGUUCUAG